ACCGUGUGCGUUCGUGUGUGCGUGCGUCAUAACGUGUGUUCACACAUCCGGCGCGGCUCUGUGCCUCGACCUGCCCUGUCUUGAUGCAUCUUUGACUGCUGGCGCGCAUGCGUGUGGAACCGACCACAGUUUAGCGUCAGUCAUUGUGAAAGCGGGCUGCCUAGCAUCAGAAAGGGAUUUCACCGUUUCCUCACCUACUUUGUGCCGCGUGGUCGCAUAAUCAGGGUGCGCAACCACUCGACUCCGCAAUAUGAUGAUGAUGGCACUGGAUAGCACUAGUCAUCACCUGUCUGCUCUACCCGAUCGGAAAUCAACCACUGCUGCUGCUAUGACAGACCUCGGUCUAGUGCUCACCGAAACCCCCAAUGGUGGUCUUUUGGAACUUCGUAGACCGAGUUCGAACAAUCCCAAAAUUUCAAGUGAUUUCACAACAUAUGGCUUUCAUUCCAUUUCCCCGGCUUCCACGCCUCUCGUGGAUCGACAUUCCGCCCCGGCAUCCACCACUAAAUCGCAUUCGAGGCAGCUGACCCCAAACGGUUCCCGAAGUGAUAGUGCCCUCGGUUUUAGCAUUGAGGAUCGCAAAUUGUUUGUCGGGAUGUUGGGCAAACAGCAGACGGAAGACGAACUACGGACUCUGUUUGCACCCUACGGAUCGAUUGAAGAGUGCACGGUGCUACGAGAUCAGAGUGGUGCUAGCAAAGGCUGUGCUUUUGUCAAGUUCGCAUCGAAUUCGGAAGCGCUGUCGGCCAUCGAAGGGCUGCACAACAGUCAGACCAUGCAGGGCGCGUCCUCACCACUCGUCGUUAAGUUUGCCGACACAGACCGGGAACGCCAGUUGCGGCGACAGCAACAACAACAACAACAACUGAGUACACCAACCACCGGGGGAGCCCCAACAGUCCCAGCGCAAUUGGUCAACGGAUUGGGAUUAGCCAACCUAACCAAUGGACUGAUGAACGGGACGUCGUCACAGCUGAUGAUGACAGAUGACACCAAAAAUCAACAAUCGCAGCAACAACAACAACAGCAACCGCAAGUUGCGAUCCCAACGAAUGUUCAGCAAAACGCACAACUAUCACACACCAAUAUGGCGUCCUCUCCAGCCGCGGUAGCUGCAGCGACAGCGUAUCAACAAGCUCUGAUGGCAGCUGGCUACCCAGCGCAGCAAUACACCUGUGCACAAAUCACGCAUUCCGGGCUUGUCCCGACCACCGCGGUGACGGUCAGUUCCGCCGCUUGUCCCGCCACCGCGGUGACGGUCAGUUCCGCCCCAGUUUCACAAUUAACACAGCAACCCACGCCAGGCUACUUGAACCCAAUGACCCUCAUGGCCGCUAUGCAGUACGCAAAUCCCGGUCAUCUGGCGACGGUUACCGCAUCACUACCAACAGUCACUCGUCCAGCCGGCAGCUCAACAGUUUCCAUCCCCCUCGCAACCAAUCCGUCUACGCACCAAUCCAUCGCUGUUGCGGCUAAUGGCUACCCACAUAUGGCACAAAAUUCUCCAUCGGUUUCUACCAAUGGGUCCAACCCACUUGGAACUCUGAGUGCCACGUGUUGUCCUACUCAAAUUGGAUCACUAAUCCCACUAUCAGAUCUUACGCUGUUGACGCAAACCAAUCUGGCUGCGCUUGCCCAGCAAGCUGCCGUUAACCACGCCGGAUCGGGUACCCUGUCCUCUGAACAGGGACAGCCUACCCUUGUUAAUCUGAGUGGAUCUGCCGGGGACUAUGUGUCCGGUCAGUCUGCUGCCCUGUUCGCCUCAGCCACUCCGUCUUCGGGUGCCUCAUCUACCUAUGUGACUAUGGGAAACGGCCAACCGGUAUCCGUCCAGUCAGCUACCAACUCGAUAUUGGCCGCGGGUGUCAUUCCUAACGCUUCCUUGGCCGCAGCGGCAGCUGCUGCCGGACUCCUCACCCCAACUCCAGGUCUGAUGACACCCACUGGUUCAACACCACCGAAUGCCAGUCCAGCCAUUCUGACACCUGGUGUAGCUGCCGAUCCGGCUACGUUCUACGCGGCAGCGGCUGCUGCUCUCCAAGGGGCACCAGCACACGCAGCUACUCCACUUCAACUUUCCCAGCUCCACCCGUCAUUCGCACAAGCCUCUGGGACCACGAGUGCCCAUCUCGCUGCUGCAGCCCAUUCACCUCUGGCCCACGGCGCCCCAUCAGCCCUCAGCUCCACCUACUUCGCAGACAACGCUGCUCUGAAUGCCGCCACACUGGCCGCUGCAGCCGCUUCUGCGCAAACCCUGGUCACUGAUCCCAUGCAACAGCUCUACAGUGGCUUGCAAGCUUACGGCUUAGGUCCUGAGGGCUGCAAUCUAUUCAUAUAUCACCUACCUCAAGAAUUUGGUGAUAACGAAUUGGCCCAAAUGUUUAUGCCUUUUGGAACGGUGAUCAGUGCCAAGGUGUAUGUGGAUCGGGCAACAAAUCAGAGCAAAUGCUUCGGUUUCGUCAGCUUCGACAAUCAGACAAGUGCACAGAAUGCGAUUCAAGCAAUGAACGGGUUUCAGAUUGGUUUGAAACGCUUAAAAGUGCAGCUAAAGCGACCUAAAGGCGGUAACAACGCGGCCCCCAAACCUGGCAGCGAAUCCCACCAAUAUGACCAUCAUCUAAAUGGCAGCUCGCUGCCUUCUUCCCAAGAGAAGUACUACUCAGAGCAGAUAAUCGUAAACCCUACUGAAAAUGCUUCUGUUCCCGCGACCGCCGUCCCUGCCGUUUGACACGCACGUUCUAUCUCCCCGUCCCUUCUUCCUGAGGUUGUUGAUACCGCCUCCCUUUCCCUCCUCGAUUUCGCGGAUGCACUCCAAUGUGAAUCACGCAUGAGCAGAUGAAUAUCGUCGCCAAAUUUUUUUUCGCGCG